CGACUAUUUUACUCCAUCACUAAACUCCACCCAGAGAAAAAACCAACUAUGGUUUCUCCGCGCUUUCCUUUCUGGCUUCCUCAGCCCCCAAAGCCGCCCGCCCGACCCGACGUCCCCUCCCGCAAGUCUCUCUCCGCCUCAACCGUGGCGUUCACCGUCGCCGCCGGCGUAUCCGUUGCCGCCGCCGCCGCCGCAUCCCAAUACUCGAACACCCCGUUUCUCCAAGACGCCUUGAAUUUCUUGCUUUCCAAUUUAUCGCCCAACGGGAACGCCAAUCGCUCGUCCCAUCUCUGGGGCUCUCUCUCCCUAGCCGCGGAUCCGACGCCGGUAAACGAGCCGAAGACCGGCGUCUCGUUUCCGUCCGCUUUGGGAGAUUCCCGGCGACUUCUCGGAGUUGGGGUGCGGAGAAAGAGCGUGUUUGGCUUGAAAAACAUCGAUGUUUAUGCUUUCGGUGUUUAUGCUGAUACUGUUGAUAUAAAGGAAGUUCUUGGUGAGAAAUAUGGAAAAGCAUCUCCUGCGGAACUGGAUAACAAGGAGUUGAUUGAUGAUCUUAAGAAUAGUGAUGUUUGCAUGACUGUUAGACUCGAAAUAGUUUAUGGAAAAUUAAGCAUUCGUUCUGUACGUAGUGCUUUCGAAGAAUCUGUUGGAAACAGACUACAAAAGUUUGCUGGGUCAGAAUCGUCAGAUAAUAAAGAAUUGCUUCAAAGCCUGCUCAACAGGUUCACUUCAUUUUUUAAAGAUGAAUACAAGAUUCCUCGGGGAUCUAUAAUUGAUCUUUCAAGGGAACUGGGCAAUGUGGUUCGCACAACAAUUGAUGGAAAGGAGGUGGGAAGUAUCCAGAGCAAACUUCUCGGUCGGUCAAUUUUAGAUCUGUACAUGGGUGAUGAUCCAUUUGACCAAAAAGCUAAAGAAGAGAUUGAGCGAAACCUGGCUUCUCUAUUCCAGCAGUAGAUAUUUCGUUCUUCAAAACCUACAGAAUAAUGUCCAAUGAGAAAUUGCCCUUCCCACUCGGCAUUGAAGAAUUUACCUAGCCAGUUAGAGAGUAUUGAGUAAUUUUAAACCGUAUGUGGGAUGGGAAUCCUUCUGGAGUGUUGUUACGGAAAUGUGCUAUGCGACUCUUUCCUUCAUAUAGUAUGGUGGAGGUUUGCUUCUUAUUCAUGCAUCUAUUUCUCUUGAAUCAGUAUUUAAGCUUCUUAUCGAAACAUUAUGUGUGUUUCCCUCGUUAUCAAUGAGGAGUUGUCUACGGUGCUGUUAGCAUUUCCUCUUC